CUUCACGUGAUCGCGCGCCCACUACUCAGUGCGCGUUCCUGCAAAAAAGCGGAAAGCGGUACGGUAGUUAGCUAGUGGGGAGGCAGAAAAGAGAGAAAAAGAACGAAGGGCAACGAAGAACAAAAUCAUGGAUUUUCUCAUAGGUAGCCCGUUUUCCACACCGAUCGGACAGCGAAUAGAACAAGCCACCAACAACACACUGCAGGUAGAGGACUGGGGACUCAACAUGGAGAUCUGUGACAUCAUCAAUGAGACGGAAGAAGGCCCAAAAGAUGCAGUCAAAGCAAUAAAGAAGAAGAUUGUGGGGAAUAAGAAUUUCAGAGAAGUCAUGCUGGCACUAACUGUACUGGAGGCAUGUGUGAAGAACUGUGGACACAGGUUCCAUGUUUUAGUGUCCACCAGAGAGUUUGUGGAGGGGGUUCUAGUCAGAGCCAUUUUGCCCAAAAACAAUCCCCCCAUGCCCCUGCAUGACAAAGUCCUGAGUCUCAUACAGGCCUGGGCAGAUGCAUUCCGCAGCGCCCCCUCUCUGACGGGCGUCGUGUCCGUGUACGAGGACCUGAGGAGAAGGGGUCUGGAGUUCCCCAUGACUGACCUGGACGCACUCUCCCCUAUACACACACCGCACAGGAGUGUACCGGAAAAUGAGCCAUCUGUCACCACCACGCCUGCGCCCCCAGCUCCAACCCCUGCACCACCCCAGAAUCCUGUUCCCCAGCCCCAGAGCACAGCGGGGCCACUCACCCUCUCGCCUGAACAGUUGCAGAAGCUGAGAGCUGAUUUGGAUAUUGUGCGGGGGAAUCUUACUGUGAUGUCAGAGAUGCUGAACCAGCUGACUCCAGGCCACGCCCAGCAGUCUGACACCGAGUUGCUACAGCAGUUGUACACUGUGUGCAGGCAGAUGCAGGACAGAGUGGUGGAGCUGAUCCCCAGACUUGCUGAAGAGGGACUGAUAGAGGAGCUACUGGCAGUCAAUGAUGAUCUCAACAACAACUUUCUCCGCUACCACAGAUUUGAGAGACUUUCCAGUACACAAAAUGUUGCCCAGCAGAUUCCCAGCGCCACCCCUGCAAAUCGCAUAGACCUCAGUCCUGUCAAUCAGUCAGUGGCCACGGAGACUCCUGCCCCUCAGCCCAUCUCCCAAUCAGAAGUGAGGUCUUUGUCUAAUGAGAAGGCCAACCCCAAUGCCGGAGGUGAUGAUGACUUUGACAUGUUUGCUCAGACCAGAGGCAGCUCUCUUGCUGAUCAAAGAAAGAGUGUACGAUAUGAAGACCCCGGGGCAGUGGAGGGUUUGGCUGGAGCUCUGGACACUCGACUGCAGGUCACUGGAGCGAUCCCCUCGUCUCACAGCACUGCUCUGGAGGACGUGGACAAGUGGCUCUCCGCAGACGUGGAAGUGAAGUCAGCAGAUAAUGAGGGGGUAACCAGUGAAGAGUUUGACAAGUUUUUGGAGGAGAGGGCAAAGGUAGCCGAUCACUACCCCAGCCGGCCGGACACAACCUCAGCUUCAACACGCUCUGCGCCGCAGUCCGCCCGGCAACAUGAAAGGUCACAUGACCAACUGUUUACACUCUAAGCAGCUGAAGGAAGGAGAGUGACUGAUGGAUGGACUGAUCAAACAUAGGAGCUGCUACACGCACAGGCACACACACACACACACACACACACACACACACGCACGCACGCACGCACGCACGCACACACACACACAACUGUAUUAAUUAUUUUUUUUGUGUUAUUAGUGGCUGUGUUAUUCUUUUAACUACAAAAACAACUAAACAUUGCUACCCUGAUUUAUUGGUACUUUUGAUACUAGGCUGUCUGAAUUAUCCCUUCUUUAUUACAAUAAAAAGCUGGCUAAUGGAAAUCCAUGGUACAAUACAUGAGAUAUGAUGUACAUAACAUUAAAUGGCGAAAGCACAAUCAAUAUAGCAUUGCAUCGUCCACCUUCCAAAUUGCCAUCGCAUUGUGAUCCCACCCUCAGUAACAAUGUGCCGCGUGAAGAGAAAAUGCAAAAUCAUUGGCACUUUUCAAAAAUGAAGUUACUGUGUGCUAAUACAAUGGAAAUACACAUAAGAACUAUGUGUAAAAAAAUGUACUGUGUAAAUCAAUAAUAAUGUGUCUGUUAUUGUCAAAGGUUAUUUGAUAUGUCUUAGGCAUAAAAGGUAUGAAGGAUCAAUGUUUAUUUGAUAUUAUAUACUAUAGUAUUACUGUUACCAUGAACAAAAUGUUGUAAUUGUUAUUAAAAAGCAAUCUUUGGGGAUGCCAUGUAGUUAUUGUGUUUGGGACCGAUGUCCCAUAGAAUAAUAUCUACUUUGCUUUGGCCGUGUGUUCAGGUCUGCUUAUAUGUGCUAAUUGUGCCUUAAUAAAAUAAAUGUGCUCCUCA